AUGUUUUCCCGCACGAUCCGUAUCUCGGGUAUUAGUCUACAUGUAUUGCUGCUCGGGAAUUGGCUCUGUCUUUGCCGAGCCGUGACCCUGCGUGGCUCUGAGCGGAACGACAUCGCAAGCGUCCCCUGUAAUCUCUCGCCGAGCGAAAUCUUUGCUGUUCCCAGCCUGGACCAGAAGGCGACAAAAUUGGUCCGGAGCGGUUACACAUACAACAGCAGCCAGCUGUCCAUUCUCAUUCCGGAGACGAGACCUUUGGUGACAUUACCUGUUGUGGUGCUCCAAGCACACAUGCACUUCCCAGAGCUGCGAAUACAGAUCAUGUAUGGUAGUGCCAACAAGGAUUACGUUCAUGUGCAGAAGAUCCUGGUGGAACUCCAGCAGAAAGGUGCUGUCUUUCUCACACCAAUGCCAGGAGAAGCAUAUAAUGCCAGCCAGCUUCCCAAACGCGAACGCCUCCCUGCAUACUCCAAGGCACUCUUCUCGACUGAGUUUUGGCAGUUGAUAACUACCCCGAAAGUGCUGCUUGUUCAGGCGGACUCUUGGAUCUGCAAUGGGGCACACGAGCACCUGAAAGAUUUCCUUCAGUACGAUUAUAUGUCGGGGAUCACCAAGGCUUUCCACCCAAAUGGCAUGGCCGAGGAUGCUCACUUCUGCAAGCAUCUGCAAUCUGAGAAGCUGGCUUCUGAGGACGUGGCAAUACAAUUUGCCAGGGACACAAUUUGGUCAGAGGAGCUGUCGGGGCCAUCUGGGCCUCGCCUCCCGAGCGUUGGCGUCCAUCACUUGCCAGAGUUGACCGCAGAGAACAUCCAGAAGUUCUUCGAGGACCAAUGCCCCGGUGUGAGUUUCGUGAUCCCAAGAGUGGAAGCUCUCGACAACAGCGAAGGAACCCUUGCCGACAUCCUUGUCCAGAGAUGGAAACAGGAAGAUCUCCCGCAAUCGCUGGCCUUGCGCCAGGACCGUGGUAGUAGGCUGGGCUGUCACUUGUGCAAAGAUUUGCCCGUUCGCUUGUGCAAAGACGCCGCCGUUCGCUUGUACGCGCGCACGUGCGUUUUGUGUUGGCAGGGCCAACGAAUUCGGAGUUGGUCACUUGUGAUUGUGAUAUGUUCUCCGGCCGUGAAAGUGUACCAAACGUCGGCAGGCCCGUGGUUUCUUGCAUUCGGCGUGCAUGUUCGAGUUCGCGUGUUUUGGCUUUGA